CAGCCCAUACAUGUGAAAACUGUGUGUAGUUACAGCACGUGUGUUUGUGAGAGAGAAGUUUUUAAAUUGCUUGUUUUAUUUUUGAAAUUAUUUUUCUUAAUGAUUUUUACUUUCUUUAAUGUAAAGCACUUUGAAUUACCAUUGUGUAUGAAAUGUGCAAUAUAAAUAAACUUUCCUUGCCUUGCCUUGUUGAUCUGAGCACAUCAAUUCUGGAAAACACUGGCAUGAGGAGUCUUUAUGGCCCAGUGAUCAGUAAUAAUUGUUCCUGGAUCGCUCUGCUAGGUCUGAAUGGAAGUGGCACAGGAAGACGGUUAUAAUGUGUGUGGAGAGAUUCCUUCAUCAGACUCUUUCCGAUCAGACUCACACACUCUCCGAUCAGACUCACACACUCUCCGGUCAGACUCACACACUCUCCGGUCAGACUCACACACUCUCCGGUCAGACUCACACACUCUCCGAUCAGACUCACACACUCUCCGGUCAGACUCACACACUCUGUGAUCAGACUCACACACUCUCCGGUCAGACUCACACACUCUCCGGUCAGACUCACACACUCUCCGGUCAGACUCACACACUCUCCGGUCAGACUCACACACUCUCCGGUCAGACUCACACACUCUCUGGUCAGACUCACACACUCUCAGAUCAGUCUCACACACUCUCCGAUCAGAUUCAGACUCACACACUCUCCGGUCAGACUCACACACUCUCCGAUCAGAUUCAGACUCACACACUCUCCGAUCAGACUCACACACUCUCCGAUCAGAUUCAGACUCACACACUCUCCGGUCAGACUCACACACUCUCCGAUCAGACUCACACACUCUCCGAUCAGAUUCACACACUCUCCGAUCAGACUCACACACUCUCCGGUCAGACUCACACACUCUCCGAUCAGACUCACACACUCUCCGGUCAGACUCACACACUCUCCGGUCAGACUCACACACUCUGUGAUCAGACUCACACACUCUCCGGUCAGACUCACACACUCUCCGAUCAGACUCACACACUCUCCGAUCAGGCUCACACACUCUCCGGUCAGACUCACACACUCUCCGGUCAGACUCACACACUCUGUGAUCAGACUCACACACUCUCCGGUCAGACUCACACACUCUCCGAUCAUACUCACACACUCUCCGAUCAGAUUCAGACUCACACACUCUCCGGUCAGACUCACUUACUCUCCGAUCAGAUUCAGACUCACACACUCUCCGAUCAGAUUCAGACUCACACACUCUCCGGUCAGACUCACACACUCUCCGGUCAGACUCACACACUCUCCGGUCAGACUCACACACUCUCCGGUCAGACUCACACACUCUCCGGUCAGACUCACACACUCUGUGAUCAGACUCACACACUCUCCGGUCAGACUCACACACUCUCCGGUCAGACUCACACACUCUCCGGUCAGACUCACACACUCUCUGAUCAGACUCACACACUCUCCGGUCAGACUCACACACUCUCUGAUCAGACUCACACACUCUCUGAUCAGACUCACACACUCUCCGGUCAGACUCACACACUCUCCGGUCAGACUCACACACUCUCCGGUCAGACUCACACACCCUCCGGUCAGACUCACACACUCUCUGAGUCUGAUGGAGUCUGGAUGAGGUUUGAUCGGAUGCAGCAGCAGCAGAGCGUCUGUCACACACACACACACACACACUCGCAGCCGCUCGUGGUUCUGCUGGACGAUAACUUCUACUACCAGAGCAUGAGAUACCAGAUCCAGCAGCUGGCCAGGAAGUAUGGCGUGGGUUUCUGUCAGGUGUUUCUCCAGUGUCCGCUGCACGUGUGUCUCCAGAGGAACCGGUGCAGACCUCAGCCUGUUCCUGAUGAAGUUCUGCUGCAGAUGUGUGAGCGAAUGGAGCCUCCGAACGAGAUCAGAAACCCCUGGGAGCAACAGAGCCUGACACUGGACAGCACAGAAGACAUCGCAGAUGGACACAUACAGAAGCUGAUGGACUUGCUGGUGUCUGCGCUGGAAAACCCUCUGAGCCCGGUCCAGGACGAGUCGCAGCAGAAGGAGGCUGACAGACGGCUCUGUGCGUCCAGCGUUCUUCAUCAGGUGGAUCAGACCUGUAGACGACUGGUUUCUCAGACGCUGACAUCAGCUCGAGAAGGCCAGGCGUCUCCAGACGUGAUGAAGGCUCUGGCUAAAGCACUGAUCGAGCUGAAGACGGUGUUCCUGAAGGAGCUGAAGAAGGAUGUUCUUCGUCGUGUCUCAGUUUUCCCAGAGGAGCCCGUCGACGAGGAGAAGCUCCUGAUGGACGUGUCUGCGAUGUUCCAGCGACGCUCACACGAGAUUGUGUCUAAACACAUGUGAAACAUGACUGAUCUCUAGCAUGCAUUUGAUUCCUGAUAAUAAAUCAAACUAUGGUUAGUCUUUUUGAUGGAUGAUUGCGCAUUAGAUGUCAUUUUAAUAAAGUUUCUGCAAAUGCAUCUGUCAAA